AUGGCUACAAUUCCUAAUACAAAUCUUCAAACAGUGGAUGAUAAUGUCAAUACUAUAAUUAUUGAUGAUAAUAAAAAGAAACAAGAGGACGAGGCAAAAAAAUCAGCAUUAUUAUCAAAUGAUAGUGAUCAAGGUGGAAAAACAACACAAAAUAUCAAUGAUUUGAAUAAUAUCACACAAGUAAAUAGACUAUCAUCAGUAGAAUCUUCUAAUGAAGGAAAAAAGAAUGAAGGUGAAACGAUUGAAACAAUUGAGACAAUUGAACAAACGGAAGAAUAUGAAUCUUUACCUAUUUCUUCCACUUUAACUCAUGAUAAUACAACAAUAAUUGAAGAUAGAACAUCUUCCAACAUUUUAAAUAAUGAUGGUGAUAGUCAUAUAUCUGGAUUAGCAACAAUUGUUUCUGAGUCGAAUAAACAUCUAAGUAAACAUAGUUAUACUGGCUUUUUAAUUACAAAAGAUGAUUCAAAAUCUCUAACAAAUUUUCAACUUGAAAAAGCAAAAUAUUUUUUUAAUAUCAAUCUUGAUAUUGAAAAUAAAGGAUAUGUAACAUGGGAAGAUGUCGAAUUUUAUUUAUUAUUUCAUAUAACAGCUGCAGGAAAAGAAGGUUCAGAUGGUGGUGAUUUAGAAGCACGUUUAAGUCGAGCUACAAGAGCUUUUUGGGAACAUGUUCAUGAUCGAAUUCCAUUAGCUGAUGGAAAACGUAAUAUAUUAACAUUAGAUCAAUUUCUUGAUACAUGGGCUAGUCUUAUUGAUUAUGUUGUUCGAACAAAUCAAUUACCUUCAAUUGUUCAAGAUUUAGUUAAACUUGGUUUUGAAUUAUAUGCAACAGAUGAUAAUCAUGGACAACCAGCAACAAUUCAACCUAAUGCAUUUGAUCAACUUUUUCAAAAAAUGAAUUUAGGUCGACCACAUGCUAUUAUUGCAUAUAAAUUUCUUACCGAAAAUGAUACAAAACCAUUAGAUGUUGAUAAAAUUGAAUCACUUGUAAAAGCAGUGAUUACAUCUUCAGAUGAAGAACAUGAUUCACAUUUUCUUCUACCAGGUUUCUUUAAAGUAAUUGGCAAUCAUAAAAAUACUGAAAAAGAUAAGAUUAAUAAAUUAUCUCCAUCAAAUUCUGAUAAAGAACAAUCGGAAAUUAGUGAUAAUAUUUCAACAAAAUCAACUUCUCAAUCACAACAACCAAAUGUAUCAUCAUUUUCUGAAACACAACAAACACCGGGAACUUCUUCAUCAUCUGUACAAGAUAAAAAACAACCUCAUUCGAUUUCACAAACAGAGGAAGUAACCAUAACUUCUACAACAGAUCCAUCGACUAAUCAACAACAAAAUAUAAAUUCACAAUCUAUUAAAUCACCAAAGGCUGUUAUUCAGAAUGAAGAUGAAAAUAUUCGUCGACUUUUACGUUUUUAUCAUAUAGAUGAUGGUGAUAUUGUUGAAGUUGCUGAUGGUUCUGUACCACGUGUAGUUCUACUUCAUCCUGAACGACCUUUACCAGCUUAUAUUCAACAAAAUCCACAAUUAUUAAAAAAUAUACAAAAAAAUACGACAAAUGCUUCAGUUCUUCCACAAAAUGGAAUCAAUGUUCUACCUAAUCUAUUGCAUGGUAAUAAUACAAAAAAAGUUCCACAAAAACCUACAACUACAACUGAAACAAAACCAAAGGUAACAUUAGGAGAACGUUUAUCUCGUGGUGAAACACAAUCAGGUCCAACAAUACCGUUGCAUCAACAACAACGACAACAACAACAACAACAAGGACAUCCAUCAACAACACGUAUACAUCAAGUAUAUCCACAUAUAAGUGAUAUUCAACAAGAAGAACAAUUAAGACAAGCUAAACUUCAAGCAAAUCAAUCUAAUAAUGAUGAAAAAACGAUAAAAGAAGAAAUUUCAACAACAACAACUACUGAUACAUCAUCAACUAAACAAGAUAAAAAACAAGAAAAAAAAGAAUUAACUCGUGAAGAUGAAGAAAAAAUUGUUGCUGCUGUUUUAAAAAGAUUAACUCCAAUAGUCGAACAAAGAGUUGCAGAAGAAUUACGUCGUAUUCAAACUGGUGAAAUGGAUCAAUAUGACGAUGAAGACUUUAUGCCAUUUCCACUUAUGUUCAGUACUCGUGGUGCUCCUAUAUUUAUUCCUCCACAUAGAGGUUCAUCACAAGGAUUUAGACCACCACAAUCACAACAACAACAAAGUUCUCAACAAGAUACAGCAGAUUCUAGACAACAACAACAUCAAGCAAAUUUACCCAGAGAAGAUGAAUUUGUUGGACUACCACCAGGUGCUGCUUUCAUACCUCCUCCAAUAUUUAUGGCUAUGAUGACUGAUUUUGCAAGAGGAGGCAUGGGAGGUGAAAUACCUGUUUUUUCAUCAAACAUGCCACCUUCAGCUCAGGGUCCAGGUGGUAUUCCUACAGGCCUUGAAGGUUUUAUGAUGUUUGUAGAAGAUGAACCGAUAAUAGGUGUUCCACCUGGUUAUCCACUACGUCCUGAACCACGCUUUUAA